GACGUAGCAUGCAGACUUGUGCGAAUCACUGGCAGAAUUCAAACUCUGGAACCCGAAUCGGGCAUGAAACAUGAAAGACCGGCAUCCAACAUCAAAAACGCGUGACGCGUAACGUGUCAACAUGUUUAGUAAACGCGGUGCGCUGAUAGUUUUGGAGGGUUGCGAUCGGGCCGGCAAAUCUACCCAAGCGAAGAUGUUGAUGAACGCGUUGGACGAUCUACGGAUUCCUGUGAAAGCCCGAGCUUUUCCGAACAGAAAAACUCCUGUUGGAGCUAUCUUAAAUAGUUUCCUGUCAAAAGAAAUAAAUGUGCCACCAGAGGCAGCUCACUUAUUGUUCUCUGCGAAUCGAUGGGAGUGCAAGGAGGACAUUGAGAAGACACUUCUGGUGAUGGACAGAUACACAGCGUCUGGUGCUGCAUAUACAGCAGCCAACACUGGCAGAAGUCUCAACUGGUGUCAACAACCUGACAUAGGGCUUCCAAAGCCAGAUUGCGUGGUGUUUCUCAAGGUUUCCAAGCGACAGCAAGAACAGCGUAGUGAUUGGGAAAAAGAAAGGUUCGAGCAUGAUGAAUUUCAGCAACGUGUCGAUGCUAAUUACGAGAAAUUAAAAAAUGAUACUUGGAUUAUUGUAAAUGCAGAUCAAGAUGAAUCGGCUGUGCACAGUGAAAUACUGCAAAAGGCACUAUCAGUCAUCCAAGAGGUUCAGUAUCAUAAUAUUAAGCUAUUAAGUAAUUGAUGCUGAUAAGUCUCUAAUUUCAUAUUUCUAUCUCGGCAAGGAGUCACUAUAUUAGUAAUUCUUUGCGGUAUAUAUUUGCUACAAUCUCUAAUAAAAUUUUGAUAAAAUAUUAAAUAAAUUUAUUAAAUAAAAGACUAUUUUAAUAUCUAGAAGUAAAGUUAAGCCUUAUUAAACUAAAUUGUAUAAAUCUUGUUGAUUUCUUAGAUUUAAUAGAUAACAUAUAACUAUCAGUUAAUAAGUAAGAUACAUAUUGUUGGAACUUAAAAAAAUAGAAAAAUUUAGAUAAAAUUGUAUAUAUAUAUAUAGAUGUAAAUUUAGAUUGCGUAUGUUUGAUUUAAAACUAUUUGUUUCAUUAACGUUUAUAUAUAAAAUACUUGCGAUAGCAUUUAAUGCCAAAUGUAAUAAAGUAAUUUUGUUUUUAUUUUUACUGAGAGAUCAAAGCAAAAUCCAAGUAUAUCACGUUACGCAAUUUUCUAUGCAAAUAUAAUUUCACGCUUGUCAUAAUAAUUUGCCGAGACGGAAUUUUCUUCCAUCUGGAUUUGAAUACAAAUCCGGUUUCUUAGAAAAGUCGACAUUAAAGAAAGAAUCGGGGUCGCACGCGUCUCUCAGAGAAAUUCAGACAUAUCUCAGAGAAAUACGACUUCGUCGUACAUCUGGUCUCGGUCUCGAUCUCGGCGAAAUAAAAUAUGUGAUAAACAUUUCUAGAAUCGGAUUGCGUACUUCGCGUGCGUACUACGCUCAGUCUUUCACGAGAUAUAUCUCGUCCUCGAGGUAUGAUUGAUCACGCGACACACGUUAGCUAUUAUACAAUAAAUAAAACUUUACAAGAAAUAAAAAUGUGUUAGACUAUAAAUAAUAAUGUAUGAAUAAAAAUGAGUAUUAUUACAAAAAGGUAGAUUGAGAUUCAUGUAGGUCCGUAUCUAGAAUUGCGUUUUUGUUAAAGAACUCGGCUCGAUAAUAAAAAUUGCAAGUCGUUUAAGCUUAUUGUUCUAUUAAGAGGAAAAAACAUCGAGAGAAGAAGUUUUAUCUGAGGCGAAAAAUCAAGUCAAAAGGCAAUUUAUUGGAAUUUUAAUUUAUCUUCCUUGCUUUUAUCCUCUGUAAGAAUAUAACUCGCCCGCCGUGUUGCGCUUGUAGUUGUGCAGCAAUCAUUUAUAAAAACUGAGAACGAGAUGUAUUAUAGCAACAUAAACUAACUUAUAUCGCCCUAUAUUACAUCAUAACUUUUGUCAUAAUGCAGACAAAAGAAUGAAAAUAAUUAAAAAAUUGAAAUUUUCAGAAAUAUACUUGGAGUUCA